GAAGAAGUGUAGUAUUGGAUUAUCUAGGAAGUUUACUUGAGCAGGAUGAAGUUUGGUAAGUAUCUUGCCUCGAGACAACUUGAGUUGCCAGAGUAUUCUGGUCAUUUCAUUGACUAUAAAGCACUAAAGAAAUUGAUCAAACAAUUAGCUAAACCAGCUACCGCUUCUAAACACGGAAUAGAUACACCCUUAUCACAAGAUGAGAUCCAACAGACAUUGAAAGAGAAUAAAGCAUCGUUUUUCUUUAGGGUUGAAAGAGAAUUGGAUAAAGUGAAUUCAUUUUACUUGGAAAAACAAGCUAAUUUAGCAGUAAAUUUAGAUUUAUUGGUUAUGAAAAGAGAUGAAUUAUUUUCAAAAUCAAAAGAACACACUGAUGGUACGAAUAACACCAAUAAUUCAAAUGCAAAUUUUAAAAAAUCAAUUUCAUAUUUAAACUUGUACCAAAAUUUUAAAAAAAUUCAUCAAGAUUUGAUCAGAUUACAACAAUUUAUAGAAUUAAAUGAAACUGGGUUUAGUAAAGUUGUUAAAAAAUGGGAUAAAAGAUCAAAAUCCCAUACUAAAGAACUAUUCAUAUCAACAGCAGUUAGUGUUCAACCAGUUUUCCAUAAAAAUGAAAUUAAUGACUUGAGUGAUUUAGUUACUCAAUCUUUAUUUGACCUUGAAUCAAUUAUGGAUGGCGAUUAUUCUGCUUUAGAUAAUUAUAGUGGGUUCCCAAAUAAACAAUAUUUACCCCACCCAGGAUUCUCCCGUACAAAUUCAACCUCAAAUAUUCAAAACGAACAGCAUGAAAGACAUGGUUCAGUUUCUUCAAACUUUCAAUCAAGACACGGGUCAAUUGUGCAUUCUGAUAAUAAUGAAAUUGAUGAAUUAUACUCAAGUUUCGUCAAUGUGGCAACCAUUAAAGAUACUGAUUUGUCAGUCUUGAGCAGAUGGAUCGAUAAAGUUAGAAGUCCUUCAAAACAAAAUAAUGAUGACGAUAAAUUGACUAGCGAAACUAAAAUACAGUUCAGCAGUACAGAAUCUUUUAAGCUUUCCAAAAUCUUCCUAUUAUCCAUAUCAAAUUUAAAAAUAUCUGAUAAUUUCUUGGAAUCUUUCCUUAAAUUAAUCGAUUACCAAUUAGAUUUUGGUUUCAUUAGUGAUGAUUUCAAUAACAAUAAAAACGUAAUCCAUGAAUGUUGCUCUAUUGCUCUAGCCUCAACCCAUGAAAGUAGUCAACAUGUUCUUAUCAAUAAUGGUGUCAAAGUUUUAAACUCUACCGAUAGCAUAGAUCAUUCAAGAAAAUUCAUUGUUGAAUAUAUUGUGAAUAAAGUCUCACCAAAAACCCUCCAAAGACUUCUAAUUUGCAGAGACUUUAAUGGCCGUAAUUGCCUACAUUAUGCAUCUCAAAAUAAUCGAUUGGAUUUACUCGAUAUCAUCUUACCUUAUUUCCCAAAAAAUCAUAUAGAUGAUUUGGAUAACGAAUCAAUGUCUGCCUUACUAUUAGCUAUAAAACAUGGUAAUUUUGAAAUCAUUAAGAAAUUAGUUCAAAUGGGAAGUAAUUGCUCUCCUAAACUUGACGAUUCUAAAUUGCAAUACUUACCAAUAAAUUACGUUUGUAAAUAUGGUGAUUUUCAAACAGUUGAAUUUCUCUUAUCCUCGUGUGAUCCAAAUACUGCAUUGGUUAAUCAACAGGAUGUCGAAGGUUUAUUGCCUCUUCAUGUUUUGGCAAGAUCUGGUCACUACAAAUUAAUAAAACUUCUAAUUCAAUAUGGUGCUGAUGUUAAUAAGCUUGACGGUUUAAACAAAUGGCCUCCUUUAUUCUAUGCUGCACUGGAAGGUCAUGUUAAAACAACUCAAGAAUUAGUUAACGUUGGUGCUAAAUUAGAUAUUAUUGAUGAAGAUGGCUAUAAUGUUUUAUACUACUGUGUCGUCGAAGGUCAUAUUGAUGUUCUUAACCAAUUGCUUACUUACCAUAGACAGGCUUUCGGUAACAAAAACUUCCCUCCGAUUUCCCCUCCUUCAAUAAUUGAUAAAUCAAGUAUGCAUUCUUCAUCUUCUCUGGAAAAUUCUACAAAUAAGGAUGGUGCAGCUAUGUCUAUAUUAGACGAGGGUGAUGACUCAGAAGACAGUGGUGGUAUCGAAAAAGGAAACGUCGAGUCAAUCCCUCAUUUGGAGUUACCUCCUCCUAUUUUACCCUUGAGAAGAUAUGGUCAUAACUUUUUGGAACAAAAGGUAUUGAUUGAGUUAAUUUUCCCAAAUGAUUCCGAUUUCAUCAAUCUUUUUAAUUCAACAACUGAUCUAAAGCCCGGAAGAAUAACUUUAACCUCUAACAUAUCAGAUAUAGUCCCUAGAAAUAUUUUGUUACCAGUUGCUGAUGAGGCUAAGGCCAAUAACAAAUGUAUCUUUCAAACUGAUAUUGAUUCUCUUAAUGAGUUCAGAAUUGACUUUGAAGUAUUCCCCAAGUUUGGUACAAGAUUAAUUGCUAAAACAACAGCAUUAGCAUUUUCACAAAUUGAUACUUCAUCUCCUGAAAUAAGCUCCAUUCAAUUACCUUUGUUUGAUUUGAGACUUAAAAAUAUCGGGGAGUUGAAAUUCAACUAUCAAGUCAUCUUUCCAUUUUCUGGUAAUUUGUUAGAAACGUCAAAGUUUGAUACAUAUUGGAAAUCUUCUACAAAUUUUGUCAAGAAUAAUCAAACUUUAAAACUUAAUGCUGCAGGUGGGUUAUCACCUACAAAUUUCUUAUCACCUUCUAGCUUACAAGCCGGAAAAGGUGUUAAUAUUAACCAGAAUAUCUCGACAGGGAAUGGUAAUUCUACCAAUAUCAUAAACACUGUGACAUCUACAUCUGAAUUAAAAUCAGGAGGCGGAAAUUCAUCUUCAUUUGUAACUGCAACCUCAUUAUCUGGUGAAUACUUGAGAAUUAAGAUUUGUUUAUUAAAUGAUGGUACGCCCGUGGUAUGUCCACAUUGGUCAAUUCCGGUAACUGAAAAUAUCGAUUUAUACUUACCUAAUUUAUCUCUUGAACAAUUAAAUUCCAUGACUGAUAAUUUAUUUGAUUACAGAAAAGUGAUUCAUGACUUGUCCAAGAUGACUAAAAAUGAAUUAUCCUUAAUCAAAAAAUUGUUGAAAAUUAUUUACUUACCUUUAGACAUAUUUUUGGAUAUACUCAAUGUGGAGAUAAAUUUAAAUUUAGAAUUAAUUUUUCCUUCUCUCUAUGAAUUAGAAAACCUACCAUUUGUUGUGAACAUUCAGCUGAACUUGAAUAGUUUUAUUGAUAUGACAUUGAAUGACGUUUUCAAUCACAUAAGAUCCCUGAAAAUUAAAUACGGUCCAAGUCUGGUGAGAUCAAUCAUAUUUUUGUCUUCCAACUCUUUAGUUUGUAAGAUUGUUAAUUGGAAACAACCAAACUUUCCGGUAUUUUUAGUUAUGAAUGGUGUUGUUUAUAAUACUUUUACCAAUGAGUUUGAAUCUAGAACUACAAAUGGAUUGAUGCUCAACGAUUUGAAAGAUGGUACAACUACUGACUUACCCUUAUAUAGUUCAAAUAACUCCAAGAACAAGGUUCGUCAAGACAGACUACUUGCUAAUGACCAAGAAUUAACCAUUAGAUCUAUCAAAGAAGCAGUCAACUUUACAAUUAACAAUAAUUUGAUUGGGUUAAUAACAUCAAUUCAUUUAUUAAACUUGGUUCCUAAGCUAAUUCCCUUAAUCAGAUCCAGAGGAUUGAUUUUGGUUGCAUCUAACGACAUAUUCGACUUGAAUGAUGAUGAAAGUACUAUCAGUAAAGAAUUAGAUUGUUAUACAAAGACUGAAAUCAAUGGAUUAAGGUUUGACGAUGUGUUAAGUUUCAAAGAAGAUAUAACUAUGUAA